ACCAGUCAGCGCAGCCUGUCAUACACGUGUUUGCUGUACUGCAACAACGUGGGCUUUCUUUACGAACAGAAAGAAAUUCGUUAGAUAAACACUACAUCAAGGUAUUUCUGGACACUUUGCUAUAGCCGUUUGUCUUAGAUGCCACUAUGAAGUACAUCCUGGUUACUGGUGGCGUUAUAUCUGGUAUUGGUAAGGGCAUCAUUGCCAGCAGUGUGGGAACAAUCCUUAAGUCCUGCGGUCUUCAUGUCACAGCCAUCAAAAUUGACCCAUAUAUCAAUAUUGAUGCUGGAACCUUUUCACCCUAUGAGCACGGUGAAGUGUUUGUUCUCGAUGAUGGUGGGGAAGUGGAUCUAGAUUUGGGUAACUAUGAGCGUUUCCUGGACAUCCGCCUUAUCAGAGAUAACAACAUCACAACUGGAAAGAUCUAUCAAUCAGUAAUCAACAAGGAGAGAAAAGGAGACUACCUGGGCAAGACUGUACAAGUGGUGCCACACAUCACAGAUGCUAUUCAGGAAUGGGUAAUGAAGCAGGCAACCAUUUCAGUGGAUGAGGACGGUGUGGAGCCUCAAGUUUGUGUCAUAGAGCUAGGAGGCACAGUGGGGGACAUCGAGAGCAUGCCUUUUAUUGAAGCUUUCAGACAGUUCCAGUUUAAGGUGAAAAGGGAGAACUUCUGCAACAUCCAUGUCAGCUUGAUACCACAGCCCAAUACCACAGGGGAGCAGAAAACCAAACCAACCCAGAACAGCGUCCGAGAACUCAGAGGGCUGGGAUUGUCUGCAGAUUUGAUUGUUUGUCGCUGCACAACUCCUCUAGAAACAUCUGUCAAGGAAAAGAUCUCCAUGUUUUGUCAUGUGGAGCCCACACAGGUGAUCUGUGUCCACGAUGUCUCCUCAAUUUAUAGAGUUCCUCUGCUGCUGGAGGAUCAGGGUGUUGUGAGGUACUUGUGCAAGCGGUUGAACUUGCCCAUUGAGAUGAGACCCAGAAAGAUGUUAACAAAGUGGAAGGAGAUGGCUGACCGAUCCGACCGUCUCUUGGAGCAUGUUUCCAUAGCCCUGGUGGGAAAAUAUACAAAGUUAGCUGACUCCUACACAUCUGUUAUUAAGGCCCUAGAGCACUCAGCCCUUGCCAUUAAUCACAAACUAGAGGUCAAGUACAUAGACUCUGCAGAUUUGGAGACUACAACCCUGCAAGAUGAUCCAGUGAAAUAUCACGAGGCCUGGCAGAAACUCUGCAGUGCUCAUGGUGUCUUGGUGCCAGGAGGUUUUGGUGCAAGAGGGACAGAAGGCAAGAUGGAGGCUAUUUCUUGGGCACGGAAACAGAAUAAGCCAUUCCUGGGCGUUUGUUUGGGCAUGCAGCUGGCAGUGUGUGAAUUUGCCCGCAGUGUUCUUGGAUGGGAAGAUGCCAACUCCACAGAAUUUAAUCCAGAAUCCAAACACCCUGUGGUAAUUGACAUGCCAGAACACAACCCAGGCCAGAUGGGUGGGACUAUGAGGUUGGGAAAGAGGCGGACCAUUUUCUCAUCCAGCACCAGUGUGCUGAGAAAGCUAUAUGGAGAUGUGGAAUAUGUUGACGAACGGCACAGACACAGAUUUGAGGUGAAUCCAGAGCUGAAGCAUCACUUUGAACAAAAAGGACUUCAGUUUGUUGGUCAGGAUGUGGAAGGAGAGCGGAUGGAAGUCAUUGAAUUAGAGGACCACUGUUACUUUGUUGGAGUGCAGUAUCAUCCAGAGUUCACCUCCAGACCUAUCAAACCUUCUCCUCCAUACUUUGGUCUCCUGCUGGCCUCUGCAGGAAAACUCCAGAGCUACCUGGCCAAGGGCUGUCGCCUUUCUCCACGGGACACCUACAGUGAUCACAGUGGUAGCAGCUCUCCCGACAUGGACAUGCGUGAGCUGAAGUUUCUGCCUUUGUAGAAGUAAUUUUUGUGUAUGUGCCGCUCAUGGAGAUCACCCAGGAAAUACCCUGACUGACUCUGCACAAACAAUCUUUGUAUUACUCUGUAUUUUUGAAUUGUUAAUACUUUAUUGUCAUAACAAUUUAUAAUUUAUGUUCUUCAAAUAUUUUGCCUACAGCAAAAUAUUAAAGGUAGUGAAUUCUGUUUAUUUUAGUGUUUUAAAGUUGCUGCAAAAAUCAAGUAUUAAUAAAGGUUUUAUGAGGGAACUUAAAAAAAUUGUUGCUGUAAUGGAACUUGUUAAAAAAGAAUACACUAAGGUACAUGAUUAAAGGGAAGACAUCAGCCCAUCGGUAUAAAGUGUACUGCCGUUAUCAUAAUGAUGUUCUGGUAAAAUAAUGAGAAGAUGUGUAUUUUGGAGUUUUUCAGAGAAAUAUUUUUCAGAGACUUUCUCUGUUUUUUGGAAUUGAGAAAGGGUUAGGUGGGAUUAUAUAUAUAUAUUGGGAAUUACUGAUAUAUUUACCUUUUUAAAUUGUUGUAAUUGUCAGUUUUUUCAUCUGUAUUUCCCCCAUAGUUUAAUACUGGUUUGGUUUUAAGCAAUCUUUCUCUGUAUUACAUCCAGAUCUGUUUGGACAUGAAGCUGUGACUCUUGGGUGAAAAUGUGAAAUAUUCUGCUCUGAUAAUGUUAAAGAUUUAGGCAUGAAUCAAUCACAUGGAUGCAGGCUUUUAAUUUCUGCACGUAAGCUGUCAUUUGAAGACUCGCUCACUUUGGAACGCCAUUAGUUUGUGAAGCCCUAAAACUGAACUGACCAGUUCAUGUUGCACAACUUUUGCCUAUGACCAGGAAACAUGAUUGCCCUUUACUGCUAUUUCUGACUAAGAACUGUUUAAAUUGAAAUAUGCUGAUGCACAAUCAUCUGACAGCUGGGGAAAUUUAAGCAACCUUUGCGACAACAACAGAAUAAAACUAAAACUACGAUCUCAAAUGGAUCUUGAAGCAUCAGUAAAAGCAUCUAGUAGGUUAUAACUAUCAAAUGUCCCUCUUGCACUUUCAGUCUACUAAGUAACAUGAGAUCCCAUUUUGUUACCAUUGUGUGACCCAAAUGUACUGAAAUGCCUUUUAUUUAUUAAAUUUAGAUGCAUGUGUUAUGCAGCA